AUGCCGUACUCCAACUUCCAGCCAUCUAGUUCGUUUCCAGCAAAUCUGCUCUUGAUGAACUCAUUCGGUAACGCUUUCAGCUUUCUAGCCAUGGUCGUAAUUGUCAACUGCACUUUGGUUCUCCUAUAUAAAGAAGGACAUACCAACAUAAUCAAAGGAUGGCUUAUGACUGGCUCAGCACUCUUACUUUCCGUUACAACGUACCACUACUUCGGUCGGGUCCUGAUCUACUUCAACAUUCCGCUUGAUCUCCUAAGCGUCGUGGUCAUCGUCUAUAACUUGGCCGUAACUGGACUCAUGUGUCUCUACUACAAAGGGCCAUUCCUCAUGCAACAGACGUACCUUGUGUACGUCUCCGUGCUCAUGUCUUUAGUUCUGGUGGAGUCCUUUCCCACAUGGACUGCGUGGAUGCUACUCGCCCUCAUAUCGCUGUGGGAUAUCUUUGCCGUCCUCUGCGUCGUCGGCCCUCUCAAAAUCCUCCUCGAAACAGCCAAGGAGAGAAACGAGCCCUUGUUCCCGGCACUUGUUUUCUCUACGUCUUCCGUCUGGUGCUAUAGUGUCAUCGUACCGACCGUUAUAUGUGCAAGUUGUACAACGGCUGCGGGCAACGUAAAGAACUCUGCAGAACCGCAACAGUGUUCAACAACGCAGGCUGCAAGCCCUACGCCUCAGCCCAACCGCGCGUCGUCACCGGAUCGCGGUGUUGACGUGACCCCUCCUAUGUCAACGGCCGCUGUGAGAGCAACCCUCGGCUCUCGGGCUAUCAAGACUCGCUCUAGACAUUCCGAUGCGCGACAGGAGCAGAAUGUAUGUCCCAGGUGCAGACAACGAGUGCUCCAGCAGCGAGACAGAGAGGCAGAAACCGGUAUGAAGAUGGGUCUGGGAGACUUUGUCUUCUACAGCGUCCUCAUGGGAUCGGCCGCAAGAAAUGCAACCGUGGGUGUCGUGCUGUUCUGCUAUGUGUUCAUCAUUGUCGGGAUCUUUUUGACUAUGGCACUGUUGUUGAUGUUUCAACAGCCUUUACCAGCAUUGCCUAUGUCGAUAGCACUGGGCCUCUUUGCUUAUUUCGGGAGCACUUAUUUUGUUGGAUCGUAUUUGGAAGCUCUUUAUUAUGUCGGACUUUAA